CCCCCUGGUUUUGACGCCCUGUUUCGUGUUCUCGGGUUUUGUUUUUCUUUAUCUUUCUCUCCACGCAAUCAUCGUUAUUUAAUCCUCUCUCCGACUCAAGAGGCGACCCACUUCGCUGCACGCCAAACAUUGCACUGCGCGAAAAGCGUUUAAUAAAGGUAACUAACUUUUGUUUGGAGUCUCAGUCUCAGAGUAUGGACACUCAGAAAGGGCCGUCUUCAUCGGCUGCAGCUGUUACUUCAUGUCGAAAGAAGAAGAACGAAGAAGCCACUUUUUUGGAGGACUUGAAGGAUCACAUUGACGAGUUUAUUAAUGCUUCUAUGGAUGAACAUAAGACUUGCUUCAAGAAAACAGUUCAGAAGAUGUUCGGAAUGUCCAAGGCUGUUGCAGAGAGGGACACCAAUGCUGCCAAAGAAGUUGAGAGUUCUCUGCCUCUUCAGACAACUUUGCAAGACUAGUAUCAUGCUUGCUCUCAAGAAAAAUAAUGUUUGUUUUCUAGAAGCUCUUUUGGAGGAUGUUGAUAAAAAUAAGUGAGUGAUUAAGUUGGUUGGUCUUGAUCCAUGGGACUAGGUUGUUGUUGAAUGUGUGAUUUGCUUACAUUUCUUAAUGCUACACAACCCUAAGAAAUCGAUGGCCAGAGGUCUUAAGAAGCAUUGAAUUCGAUGAAGGCAACAGACAGGUUGCAUUAACAUUAUGGGUAGGGAAGGAAGGGUCUCCUUAGAGAGAGAAGCAAAAAAUAAAUAAAUAAAAAAUCAAUCAUUAUUCAGGUAUUAAAAACAAGUAUAGUUACAAACUCCUUAAUCACAAUUUGAAGACAUAUUAUCCUUUUUACGUAUUUAAGAUAUAAACUAUCAA